AUGUUCCCGCGCUGCUUGGGCCGCCUGGCCGGGCCUCUGCAGAGACGCUGGCGGCUGGACACGCCCGGCCUGCGGGCCCAGCACAGCCGUGCGGCUGCAGCUGGGGAGGUGCCCGGCUGGACCGGGCAGGAGAGCCUGGCGGAGAGCGACCCCGAGAUGUGGGAGCUGGUGCAGAAGGAGAAGGAUCGGCAGUGCCGGGGCCUGGAGCUCAUUGCCUCCGAGAAUUUCUGCAGCCGCGCCGCGCUGGAGGCCCUGGGCUCCUGCCUGAACAACAAGUACUCGGAGGGCUACCCCGGCAAGAGGUACUACGGGGGGGCCGAGGUGGUGGACCAGAUCGAGCUGCUGUGCCAGCAGCGGGCACUGGAGGCCUUCGACCUGGACCCCGCCCGCUGGGGGGUGAACGUCCAGCCCUACUCGGGGUCGCCCGCCAACUUCGCCGCCUACACGGCCCUGCUGCAGCCGCACGAGCGCAUCAUGGGCCUGGACCUGCCGGACGGCGGCCACCUGACCCACGGGUACAUGUCGGACGUCAAGCGCAUCUCGGCCACCUCCAUCUUCUUCGAGUCCAUGCCCUAUAAACUCAACCCGGCCACGGGGCUGAUCGACUACGAGCAGCUGGAGGUGACGGCCCGGCUCUUCCGCCCCCGCCUCAUCAUCGCGGGCACCAGUGCCUAUGCCCGCCUCAUCGACUACGCCCGCAUGAAGAAGGUGUGCGAGGAGGUCCGGGCCUACCUGCUGGCCGACAUGGCACACAUCAGCGGGCUGGUGGCUGCCAAGGUGGUGCCCUCGCCCUUCGAGCACGCCGACCUGGUGACCAGCACCACGCACAAGACCCUGCGCGGGGCCCGGUCCGGGUUGAUCUUCUACCGCAAAGGGCUGCGCUCGGUGGAUAAGAAGACGGGCAAGGAGACCCCCUACAACCUGGAGGAGCCGAUCAACUUCGCCGUCUUCCCCUCGCUGCAGGGCGGGCCCCACAACCAUGCCAUCGCCGCCGUGGCCGUGGCCCUGAAGCAGGCCAGCUCCCCCGCCUUCCGGGAGUACUGCCAGCAGGUGCUGAAGAACGCCAGGGCCAUGGCGGAGGCGCUGCUACAGAGGGGUUACACCCUGGUGUCAGGCGGCACCGAUAACCACCUGGUGCUGGUGGACCUGCGGCCGAAGGGCAUCGACGGGGCCCGGGCCGAGCGGGUGCUGGAGCUGGUGUCCAUCACGGCCAACAAGAACACCUGCCCAGGGGACAAGAGCGCCCUGACGCCGGGGGGCCUGCGGCUGGGGGCCCCGGCGCUGACGUCCCGCCGGUUCCGGGAGGCCGAUUUCCAGAAGGUCGUGGCCUUCAUCGACGAGGGGAUCAGCAUCGGCCUGGAGGUCAAGAGCAAAACCACCAAGCUGCAAGACUUCAAAUCCUUCCUGCUGAGUGACGCGGCGACGCAGAGCCGCCUGGCCGACCUGCGCCAGCGCGUGGAAACCUUCGCCCGCUCCUUCCCCAUGCCUGGCUUCCAGGAGCGCUGA